AUGGUUGAAACCAAGAACGACGUACUAAAGGUCGUUGGUCGUGUUGGGGUCACUCGAAGGACCAGAGCUUCCCAGAGGAAGACACUACUCCAGGGGAAGACUCCUUAUGAGAUACCAUUACUUGUCCUCACUUACUCUCACUUGAUGUCCUUAUUCCUCUAUUUCUUUCAAUAUACCAUAGGAAAACAAGCGAUAUCACCCAACACGUUGCUCUCUUGGGCUAAAUCCGGAUCCAGUAGCCGUUCUUCUACUGAGAAAGAUGGCUGCGAGUCCCAAGCUGGACAGGCUGAGAUCGUUGUUCCAGUACUCAAAGAUGAGCUGCUGGAACCUCACGGUCAACCUCCAGUGUGGGCUGAGGACCGAGUUGUUCUUGGAGAUGCUCUUCCCUGGUUCCAUUCUGUACAGGGAGGUUGCUACUACCUUGACAACAUCUGCCGCGGUGUACUCAUUGAUGGAGACUGCGGUGAUAGAUCAUACAUAGACGAUGAGGUGGUCAUCACCAGAGUAAAAAGGGGCGGCUCAUGCAAGAAGACGAAGGAAGGCAAGCUGGUCAUGAGCAAAGACCAUGAUCCGAACGGGCCUAUUCUUCGCUCCCUCAUCAACUCUAUGAGGCUCGAGAUCCCUGUUGGCCUCAUACUAGGGGCCAAGAACGCGGACUGUCGCACCAAGGUCCCGUACAAUUUCAAUGUCUUGGACUUCUUCAGAAUCACAGAUAUCUGGUUCGAGCAAGUCGGAAAGCAGAAGGGCGCUCAGAUGCGCUUCGAAAAGAUCAGCCUCGCGACAAAAAGCUGGUGGUCUCCCAAGGGUUCUCCUGACCCUGUCCCCCUUGAACAACGCGAGUCUGUAACUCCAGCCCCAGAUCCUAUCUGCCUCUCUUGCUCAAUUGGGACCGCUCAAGUGUUUGCUCAAGGCUGGAUGUGUCUUAACCCGCAGUGUGCCGAAUUCUGGAAGAUGGAAGGAUCACUGCCGCCAUCCCAGCUCACGUUUGCCCCUGAGUUUCUCACAAAGCGGUCCAAACCAAAGAAUGUUGUCCUACCUCCUUGCAGCUUGGUACCGGACCUCCUUUCAACUUUCUCCAAUGAUCAAACGGAUGUCACCGGCACACGAAUGGCAUGGAAGGGCAUCGUUUGCCCGCAGUGUAGAGCGUGUAUUGCCAGAAUCCAUUGGAGGCGAUGGGAAUGUUCGACAGCCGGAUGUGGAUUUCAAUACAGCCCACCUAUGAACCAUGUCUCGUUACGAUCCGUACUGCCUGAUUUGGAGAUGAGCCCAUCUGGUCACAGACUGCCAACUGUUCCUAAGGAUAUCAGCUCAAUGCCAAUGAUUCAGUACAUGAAGAAUUACCGAAAGGACACUUUUGUCCUUCCGGGUGCCGGCAUAGUGACCCAUUUUGCAGCUAACCGAACGGUAAACAGCCGUCCCGGUGGGCCUGAUGACCUCUUCAGCCUGAUGCAACGUGAAGAUCUAGGUCUCAGACGAUACCCAAUCUCUCCUUGUGUUGGUAGGUUUCUCCUUUCAUUCUUUCAUCCUAUUCUUUCUUCUUCGAUUCCUUCUCUUGGAAAGCUUGAAUUCGCUGGAACUCUGACUUCUCACUUCGCUGUCAACUAUGGAAUGCCAUAUAAGUAUAUCGUGAGCGUGGACUCUCGACCAUUUAACACCGCUCCGCCGGUUAUUAUCAGUGCUCUCGAGCGUCUAAAAUGGGCCACACGGCAUACAGUGGACGCUAAUGCCUUCCAAAUGCCCAAUGAGCUCCUUGCUCUUGGAUACUUCGAGGACAUGUCGAUUGGGUACCAUGAUGACGGCGAAUCGUCUCUAGGCCCAACAAUAGCUACCCUUUCACUCGGGGCUCCGGCAACCAUGCUCAUACGUAUGAAGGACGAGUACUACAAUGGCUUCCGCAAGAGAGAUGGCAAGGACAAGGUAUAUCUGCAGCACGAUCCUGUCCUCCCAGGCUGCGCAAACGAAGAAGCAAGAGCCGAGCUUGCACGGAAGUUCAAUGCCAAAGAAAUAACUUCAGAACAGUACUUGGCUGCUCGACAAGCUCUGCCCACGUCUAGAAGAGAGGCGCCUCCGAUGUGUACGAUGGCGCUUAACCAUGGCGACCUGGCUGUGAUGCAUGGACCGGAUCUACAAAAGUACUAUGAGCACUCGGUUAUUCCGUCCGGUAGACUUCGAUUUGCUCUUACUGCUCGGUACGUGAUGCCAGACCAGGUACCCGCGUCAGAGCAUUGGAAGGGCGAUUAUGACCCGAUCCCGGAGUUCGAAUACGAUGGAGAUGAGACUUGA